AUGGCCCCAAUCCAAUCCCCCAUUUUCCAGGCUCUUACCGAGGAGUCCUUCUCGGGAUCACCUUCGACCGAUGAGGCAAAAGAUAAUGCUUUCUAUUGGUGGAACACUAGCGCCCGUGACUUGGGCAAUAUGCUCUACCAGGCGGACUAUAGCGAAGAGGUUCAGCGCGGGUUUCUCAGCUACUACCGCGAUAACAUCUGUCCUCGCCUCGGUGGCAAGCCAGACAAAGACUCGGCCCCGACCGGCGUUGGAUGGGAUGGCAACCCGCUGGAGUACAGCUUUGAGCUGAAGGGCUCGACCAAGAAGAAGUCGGUGCGAUUCGUUGUGGAUCUGACCGAGUGCCGACCCUCCAAUCCCGAUGAACCACUCAGCAUGAAGCACACGCAGGAGAUGGUCGAUAUGCUUGCGAAGAAGACCCCCAAUUUCGAUGAUACUUGGUACAAAGUACUCAAGGAGUGGUUCGUGUACUCGCACCUGUCUCCGGCCGACCAAGCGGCUUUGAUUGCCAAAGCUGGUCAGCAGACAUCGGUCAUUAUCGGCUUUGAUAUUUACCCCCGUCUUUCGGGACCAGAGCAAUUGCCGGUCAUGGGUAAGGUCUAUUUCCCGCCGUGCUAUGUUGCCUCCGACAAAGGUAUCACUCGCUGGCAGGCGGUGCGCCAGAUCAUUAAGAAACUUCCCGGCGUGGAAUCAUUCCCUAACAUCCUGACCUCAACUGAGAUCAUCAACAGCUACCUCGAAGAGAAGCCAGAGGCAUGGCAAAUGGGAACUCGGUACCUGGCAACGGACUUGGUAUCCCCUGCCAAAGCUCGCUUCAAGGUCUAUAUGCGUUGCUUUGACACUAGCUUCGAGGGCAUCUGGGAUUACUACACGCUUGGUGGCCGUAUCCCCGAUCUGGACGAGGACAAAGAGAAGUUCCGCCAACUCAUGGACAUGGUCAGUGGAACGACUUAUGCCGAAACACGCAGCACGAAUGAGAUGGAGUUGAACCGAUUCACCUCCGCUACAAAGAAGCUGACCGCCAUCUACUUCAACAUCUCGCCAGAUAACCCUUACCCAGCACCCAAGCUCUGCAUCUACCCAUCUAAUUUUGCGGAAGACGAUGGAGUUAUUGCGCGCGGUUUGGAUGAAUGGCUGGAUAAGUAUGGAUGGAGCGAUGAUACAAAGUCCAUGGAGGACCAAGUUAAGAGUGUAUUCACACACCGUAAGCUCGAAGAGAAGGCGGGUAUCUUUACUUUCAUUGGAAUUGGCAGAAAGGAAGACCCAACGAAAAAGGAUUUGAGCAUCCAGGUGUACAUGACCCCGGAGCUGUACCGAGACCCUCGUUAUUAG